AUGGUGGAAGGACAGCAGAGGACCCGCGACGGCGGAGGCACAGCCGCAGAACAAGGACCCCCUAUCUGCCGAUCUCUCUCUCCCUCCUACUCGAGCUUCUCUCUUUGGCCCUCCGUGGAUGACGAGGACUCAGACUCCGCGCUCUGGUUCUUACAAAAAGAAUAUGAUAAAGAUGGAAAGAAGAUGAAGAUGGCUGUGAUGGAACUUGUUGAAAAUGAUUAUAGAAUUCGGUGUGCCUUAUUUGGUGAAUAUGUUGAUAAAGUUAAUCGAUUUCUGUCUUCUAGGUAUGCUGAACAGCCAGUUGUGAUUUUACAACUUGCCAAAGUUAAGGAUUUUAGAGGUAGAGUUGGGCUUCAGAAUGUUAUGUUUGCAUCAAAGUUUGGAUUUAAUCUUGACAUUCCAGAGGUGGCAGCUUUUCAGAAAAAGGUAUAUCUUUCUAUUCCACAUGGAGUUAGUGCAUCCCAACCCAUUGGCAUUGUUGGUUCUGGAAAAAAUAUCGAAAUAGAAGAAGACUUUAUGAAGCUCACACCUAGGUGUACUGUGAAGUCGCUUGAUGAUAACAACCGGGCUGGAACUUUUGUUGUACUAGUGAAAAUAGCUGAAAUAGUUGAGGAUGGUCCUUGGUGGUACUUUGUUUGUGUAUGUGGCAGAGGUGUUCAGGCAAAAUCUGAGAUUUACUUUUGUCAAUUUUGCAAUAUCCAUAUUACAAAUGUGACUCCUAGGUUUAGAGUGAAGGUGUUGUUCGAGGAUUCCACUGGUAUUUCUAUUUUUGUCCUCUUUGAUCGUGAGGCAAGUUACCUACUGAAUAAGACUUGUGCUCAGCUGUUUGAACAACAUCUUAAGGAUGUGGAUAGAGUUUUCUUAUCCUUCAGUUUCUACCAAUACAUUUUUUCUGAUGUGUCUGUUUAA